AGCCAAGCACCAUCUUUUUUCUUGUUUGUUCCCAACAUAACAUAUCCCGCCGCCUAGCUAUUCUGGCAUUAUCAUCAUCUUUAUAUAUAGCUUCUGAUUUGUUGUGUGUUUGUAUAUACGUCAGAAAAUAUGGCAGCAGUACCUUCUGAGCUUAGCCUGGAUUGCAAACUCCACCAUAGCUUUUCCAUGCUUCUGAUGAAAUCCUUUCCAGAUCAUCACACUGAUCAGACUCAUCACAACCGCAAGCUCGAAGAAUUCGUUUCUCGCCUCCAAGAAGAACGUCUCAAGAUUGAUGCCUUCAAGCGCGAACUUCCUCUCUGCAUGCAACUUCUCACCAACGCUAUGGAGGAGUCAAGGCAGAAACUUGAGGCUUUGAGAGGAAAUGAAGACAAGAAAAGUGCAGUUCUGGAAGAUUUCAUACCGUUAAGGAAUUCAAAUUCUGAAAGCUCUGAGAAAGCAUCGAGCACAUGUGAUAAGGCAAAUUGGAUGAUAUCUGCUCAGCUAUGGAGCCAAGCUAAUGAAGAAACCAAGCCACAAUAUUCCACAAUUGCAUCGCCCAAUCAUAAAGGUCAAUCUGUUCAUGAUCAGAUUGCUGGGUUAACGUUCAAUGUUAGCCCUAAUAAGCUACACAAAAAUAUUAGUGGAGGAGCCUUCCUUCCAUUCUCAAAUGAACGAAUUAGCUCGAACCAGUGUCCUUCGUCGACGCCAUUGCAGGCUCUUCCGGAGCUGGCACUUACUACUUCUCCUGAUGGGAAACAAAUAAUGGAGGAUGAGAAAUUAUACUCACAGACUGAGAAUUCUAGUAAAGGAGGAAGAAGCAGUAAUAAUGGUGGUGUGGUGAGUGAUCAACGAAAAAGGAUUAUUACAGUUUUGUGUGAGGUAAAAACAACCAGUAAAACUGCUUCAACGACGUCCACCACGCAGAGUCAUCGGAAAGCAAGAAGGUGUUGGUCGCCGGACUUACACCGGCGAUUUGUGAAUGCUCUUCAGAUGCUUGGCGGAUCUCAAGUGGCCACCCCAAAACAAAUUAGGGAGCUGAUGAAGGUUGACGGAUUGACCAAUGAUGAAGUUAAAAGUCAUCUCCAGGUACUCUCUUCUCUGUCCCCCCACAUGCGUGUGUGGGGUUUGAAAAAGGGCGUGCACCAUUUUUGCUGUCCGAAAUUGAUGCUGAAAUAUCGGCUUCACACAAGACGACCUGGUCAACAGUCACAAGCAGGUGGGGCAGUAACACCUCAACUCGUAGUCUUAGGAGGAAUUUGGGUCCCACCCCCAACAGGCACCACUAACGCGCUCUUUAGCUCUCACCCAGUCCCUCACGAGCCGCCACAACCUUACUUCCCUUCCGCCGCUCCGCCGCAUGACUCGUACACCAUCACAACACUGCAAUCACACAAUCACACCUUCCACCACCACUACCAUCACCACAAUCUCAACGGUACAAAACGACGUCGCAGAGCCUGAGAUCGCCUAAAUCGGAGAGCAUUGAAGAUGGAAAGUCAGAAUCAGAGAGUGGUGAGAACCAAGGGGAAGACAAUAGGGGCGGUGGUUCCAUCAGCCUCAAACUGUAGGGUUUUAUGUGAUAAUAAUAUAAUUACAGUGUAAUAUGUAAUCGGAUUAGAAUUAGGGUAAUUUCUUUUCUCCUCUAAAAGAUUAAAUAUAUAAGGAAGACAAUUUCCUUAUGAGUGUGCUUUUAGAGAGGAUGACGAAACAGCAUAAAAGUGAGCCUUUGGCUUUUUAUUUAUUUUUACAUGUGUUCGUUUGCAUAGCUAAAAAUUAUCUAAGCUCUGAAUUGAGUUCCA